UGAUUAGUGGGUCAAUUAAUGAGAUGCUUUCAGUGUGGCCUCACUGAGGACUAUAGACUGUUUAAUCUACUGAGCCUGCGGAGGUAAUGGCAGAUCAGGGCGGACGCCCACAAGGCCCUGCUGGAUGUGUUUGAGGGCUAAUUUUGUGUCAACCGCAGAUAACCUCGGGGAAAUGGAAGUGUAGAGAUGAUGCAACUUGUAGAAAUGUAGCCGUUUGUGUUUCAUCAGUCUGAGGAGGAAAUGCAGUUAUUUUAGCAUUUGUAUCAGUAGUUGGUUUGAUUUUUCACUUUUAAGCAUUUCAGCUUUGUACUAUUUAAUAAUAUCUACCAAAGAUAAGACACAGUUGCAUGUAGGUAGACCAUAAAAGUGACCACUGAUCAAAGCCAAAACGUACUUGUAACUACGAAAAACAGCAAGCAGUAGUGGAGGAAGUAAAAAUAAGAAUACAGCAGUGUAAAACAUGUUUAUGUUUCAAGUAAAGUUAUGUAUUCAAAAUGAUCUGUUAAAGAAUGAAGUAUCCUACUGAAAGGACCUUAAGUAUUGAAAGUUACAGUAUUUAUUGUGCAGAAGGAGGUUUACAGAUCAUUAUAUGCUAAUUGUACAUACUAAUUUGAUUAAUCUAACUAAGCUUUAACAUAAAAGCAACAUUUUAAUGCUCAACAUUGAGCUAGUUUCUACUCAUUUGAUAUCUGGAUAAUUUAAUUUAUAACAGUUGAUUAAGGUGUCAAAUGUUGAAAAAUGUUCACUCUGAAUUGUGUAGUUGAGGUGUACAGCACAACAUAGAAACAUUCAAAAAGAGAUAAGACUACUUCAAAUGUUCACUUGUAGUACGUGUAUACUCGUAUAAAAGUACUUGAAAAAAUACUUUCCAGCUCUGUGAAAAAUAGUACUCACAACCCCUUUAAACAUUACAUUUCUUCUGCUGUUUGUAGCUGAAGCAUUGUUAAGUUUACAUUGCAGAUAAGAUGCAGAUUGCAGGAAAGUUUUAAUAUGUAUUUUUACUUGUUCGACUUCCAUUUUACAGAUUUCAGAUCUGUCUAAUAUCUAGACUUCAUUUUCCCUCUAGUCCUUCGAGACGGUUAUAUUCUGUAUAAUAACUGUGCAGUUGAACACAGGAUGUUUACCAUAUCUUGAUCCUCUCCUCCAUAGCUUCCAAACCCUAUCUCCUCCUUAUGGCUUUCACCCUCAUUGUCCCGCCACAAAAGAUCACACUAACCAUGACAAUCUCAUCUACAGGCGCAGAGGCUGAGGCAGGGCCAGAUAUAAAGAGACAAUCAAUGAGUUCGGCCGGGACAAACAGUGGGAUACAGAGAGGGGGAGGCUGGGAGUGUGAGAAAGUAAAUAGUAAAAAUGGGACAAGAUGCUUUGCCACAUAGAGGGAGUAGAAGCAGACAGACAGAUUUACAUACAGACAGAGUUGAGUAGGGGAACAUAGCCGCUAUAUCACGGGACGCUCACUAGCUUCCUGUAAAUGUGUCCAAUACUGAUCGGUCCCUGGGGCCUCAGUCCUCUGACUAUACACUCACUACGUCUCUGUCGCCGGAAACAGCGCGAUGCUUCUGAGAGAUGAAGGCAGAGAUGAAGCCCCAAGAAAAAAAAAGAGCAGAAAGAAAUCAAUUUCAAGACCAAGUGCAAGUCAGCAGAGAUCGGGUGAUAAAACGUCUGUUUAAGCACUCUGCAGUAAUUUCCAUAUCCGCUGUUCAGUGUUGCCCUAAAACGUAUAGAAACCGUCCAAUCGUUCUGUUUGUUUAAAUACAUUGAGGUAUUGACUUUGGCUGGGGGAAAUACAGCAGAUAUUAUCCAGAGUUGUUGGUGUGCUUGCACGAUUUAUGUUUAAAGUUUAGGGAAUGAUUGCAAGUGAAGCAGGACUUGUGACAUGCUGAACAUACGUAGGCACCUUAUUUUCACCUUUCUGCUGGCUGUACAAAUAGCUGUGGUAGCACUUAAAAUAUUUAUGAUUUGCACCUGGCGCUGUGUCUGCAGAUUCGUGUGUGUGUGUGUGUGUGUGUUUCAUGGUUAUUCUUAUAGAAAUGCUGAGAUUCUCUUGAGUCGAUAAUAGUCCAUAUCCAAGAGAAACAUUCCCAGAGCUUUGCUUGAGAGAAUCAUUAUUUGUCUCAGGAAUACAUUAGGAAAAAAUGUGGCUCUCUCUUUUGUCUCAAUGAGACCUCUUAUGUGGGGGCUUAACCCUGUCAUGCCUGUACACACUUUUAUAAUAGUUAUUAUCUUAUCUAUGUUAGGUAACAAUUCAUUGAGCUAGAAAUGGUAGGUGAUUGCCUUCGGAGCCACCAUAGAAGCCAUCGUUUGCUUAAAUCAUAAAAAGAGACAAUUCAGACAUAAUGAUUUAAAUGAAUGCUGUGCUGCUGAGAUUUCUCUGAAUCCCAUAGAGCAUUAAAUUAUCUGUAAGAAAUCCGGACACAGUGUGCAUGGCAGCAAGCAGCCACUGCAGAAAAAGAUGAAUGGAGAUUAUUUUUCUUCAGAUGGACACAUAGCACCCCAAAGUUAUAAUAGCCAAUGUGAAGCUAACAGUGGACGCAGAACAGUGUGUUCCCAAAUCCUCAUCUUCUUUAUAAUUAGAUCACAAACACAGUUUUGAAACCGUGGGAGUCUUUCUACAAUCCCAUUCAUGCCUCGCAUUGUCUCAUUUCUCCCCCUCACACACACACACACACACACACUCAAUCUGAUUCCAUUCAGAAUUGUCGCAUAUACACAGACAAUCGAUCCCCUGUGAAAAUGAUGAUUCUUCAGGUCUUGCAUUGCAGAAGAUCGGGAUUACAGCGUGCCUCCUCAUGCAUACAUAGGCAUGCAUACGUAUACAUUGAGUUUCCGAACACUGCAGUCCACCAGCGAGGCGGUGAUGUCAUUCUGUCUGCUGCAGCACCAGCAGAGGAGGCGAGGAGGGGGAGAGUGAAAUGUAAGAAGCAAAGGAAUGGGGAAGGGAAGACGGGCUGAGCUAAAGACGGGGAGAGUUCAGGGCAGAGGAUUGUUUGGGAUGAGAUAGGGGAAUGAUUUGACUUGGUAAUUCUGAGCCUCAUUAUUAGGAGCCUUGCACCGUCGCAUCCUGAGGACAGUGUGUUGAUAUCACUAAUGUUAACCAUGGAGCUGCUGAGCAGGUUAUUGUCUGUUCCGUUGCUCCAAACAGAAUGAUAAGUAUGCUCGCUCCUCUUCUGCUUCGACCCAGAGCCCUGAAGCGUGUCUAUAGGAAUAAUCAGAGGGGGACACAUUCAUCUUAAUGGUCCGGCAAAAUGCAGCAGUGGAAUUCCACAGGACAUCUUUAGGCUGCUCCGUGUGUGUUUCCCCUGUAAGAUGCCUGUGCACUGUACCUAUUUUUACCACUGAUAGUGUUGGGUGUGGUUCCUUUGCAUCCUUAUCUCAAAACAGCACACACUCCCUUCAUGACGCAGGCAGAUACACACAGCAACAUGCAACACUGACCACCGGCAGAGAGUAAAUCCGCUGCACCCAAACAUCUAGCUGCAGUCUUUCUGGGGGAUUUUAGAGAGUCUCUGUAGUCUCGUAAACUUCAGCAGGCUGUAUCUCGGGGGCAGUGAGCUGAGUCCGGGGGGCUGGGAAUCCUCCAGAGGGGCCUCAGUCAGGGUCACAAUGGUUUUACCGUGCUGCGGGACCACGUAUAUUUGUGUUAGGUUGUGUGUGUUUUUGCAUCAGCUGUAUUUGCAGCUACUUCGAUGAAAGGAUGUUUCUUGUGUCACCAUGGCAGAGUCUGCAAACAAUCCACUACAUUGUUUAUGGUUGCUGUGUGGGGAUUAUAUACCUGCAUACAAAGAUACAAAGUGGUUUGGUCUAAAUCGUGUGUGUGUGUGUGUGUGUGUGUGUGUGUGUGUGUGUGUGUGUGUGUGUGUGUGUGUGUGUGUGUGUGUGUGUGUGUGUGUGUGUGUGUGUGUGUGUGUGUGUGUGUGUGUGUGUGUGUGUGUGUGUGUGUGUGUGUGUGUGUGUGUGUUCAAAGUGAGUCAUGGGAGUAAGACAUUAGGAAGUGGGAGAACAUGGAUAACCAAGACAGCUUGGCAACUGCAGAUGCUGGCAACAGUUUUCUCCGAGCGGCCCGAUCUGGCAACCUGGACAAGGCCCUGGACCAUAUCAAAAAUGGCAUUGAUAUAAACACAGCCAAUCAGAAUGGGCUCAACGGGCUGCAUCUGGCCUCGAAAGAAGGCCACGUUAAAAUGGUGCUGGAGCUACUCCACAAUGGGAUCGUACUGGAGACCACCACAAAGAAAGGGAACACGGCCCUGCACAUCGCGGCCCUGGCCGGGCAGGAGCAGGUGGUCGCAGAGCUGGUUAACUACGGGGCCAAUGUCAACGCUCAGUCACAGAAGGGUUUUACUCCACUCUACAUGGCUGCACAAGAAAACCAUCUAGAGGUUGUGAAGUUUCUUCUGGAGAACGGAGCCAAUCAGAGCAUUCCAACUGAGGAUGGAUUCACUCCUCUCGCCGUGGCUCUUCAGCAGGGACAUGAGAAUGUCGUAGCCCUGCUCAUCAACUACGGCACUAAAGGAAAAGUCCGACUACCUGCGCUACACAUAGCAGCCCGCAACGACGAUACUCGCACUGCCGCAGUGCUCCUGCAGAAUGACCCCAACGCUGAUGUACUCAGCAAGACUGGAUUCACGCCCCUCCACAUUGCUGCACACUAUGAAAACUUGAACGUAGCUCAACUGCUGCUCAAUAGAGGAGCCAAUGUCAACUUCACCCCAAAGAACGGCAUCACUCCUCUGCACAUUGCAGCCCGACGGGGGAAUGUGAUCAUGGUCCGACUCCUGCUGGACAGAGGGGCUCAGAUCGAUGCCAAGACCAAGGAUGAGCUGACUCCUCUGCACUGUGCAUCCAGAAACGGUCACGUGAGGAUUAUAGAGAUCCUGCUGGACCAUGGAGCCCCCAUACAGGCAAAGACAAAGAAUGGCCUGUCUCCAAUCCACAUGGCAGCACAGGGGGACCACAUGGACUGCAUCAAGCAGCUUCUGCAGUACAACGCAGAGAUUGAUGAUAUCACACUGGACCACCUCACCCCUCUGCAUGUGGCGGCGCACUGUGGCCACCACCGCAUGGCCAAAGUACUGCUGGACAAAGGGGCCAAACCCAACUCUCGGGCAUUGAAUGGCUUUACUCCUUUGCAUAUUGCUUGUAAAAAGAACCACAAGCGUGUGAUAGAUCACCUGCUCAAACAUUCUGCAUCGAUAGAGGCUGUGACUGAGUCUGGCCUGACCCCCUUGCACGUGGCUUCAUUUAUGGGUCACCUAAAUGUUGUGAAGAACCUGCUGGAGAAAGGAGCUUCCCCCAGUGCCUCUAACGUGAAAGUGGAGACUCCUCUUCAUAUGGCCUCUCGGGCAGGACAUCAUGAGGUGGCAGAGUUUUUACUGGUGAACUCGGCACCAGUGGACGCCAAGGCCAAGGAUGACCAAACACCUCUGCAUUGUUCCUCUCGGAUGGGCCACACGGAGAUCGUGAAGCUGCUGCUGGAGCACAAAGCCAACCCCAACUCCACCACCACAGCAGGCCACACACCCCUACACAUCGCUGCGCGGGAGGGGCACGCACACACCGUGCGCAUCCUGCUGGACAUGGAGGCUCAGCAGACCAAGAUGACCAAGAAAGGCUUCACUCCACUCCAUGUGGCCUCCAAGUACGGCAAGGUGGAUGUAGCAGAGCUGUUGUUGGAGAGAGGAGCCAACCCUAAUGCUGCUGGGAAGAAUGGACUGACUCCGCUGCAUGUUGCUGUUCAUCACAACAACCUGGAUGUUGUCAACCUGCUUGUCAGCAAAGGAGGGUCACCUCAUAGUGCAGCCAGGAAUGGCUACACCGCCCUCCACAUAGCAUCAAAGCAGAACCAGGUGGAGGUGGCGAACAGCCUGCUGCAGUACGGAGCUUCGGCCAAUGCUGAGUCCCUGCAGGGGGUCACCCCUCUGCACCUGGCCUCGCAGGAGGGGCGGCCCGACAUGGUCGCCCUGCUCAUCUCCAAACAGGCCAACGUCAACCUGGGAAACAAGAGCGGAUUAACCCCGCUCCAUCUGGUGGCACAGGAAGGACAUGUCGGCAUUGCAGAUAUUUUGGUGAAUCAGGGGGCUUCAGUCUCCGCAGCCACGAGGAUGGGCUACACCCCCCUCCAUGUAGCGUGUCACUAUGGCAACAUCAAGAUGGUGAAGUUCCUCCUGCAGCAACAAGCCAACGUCAACAGCAAAACAAGGCUGGGUUACACUCCUCUGCACCAGGCGGCGCAGCAGGGACACACGGACAUUGUGACGCUGCUGCUGAAGCACGCCGCUCAGCCCAACGAGACCACGACCAAUGGGACGUCAGCGCUGGCCAUUGCUAAGCGGUUGGGCUACAUCUCUGUCAUCGAUGUCCUAAAGCUCGUCACGGAGGAGACGGUUUCCAUGACGACCACAGAGAAACAUCGCAUGAGCUUCCCAGAAACAGUGGACGAGAUACUGGACGUGUCAGAGGAUGAAGGAGUUGCACAGCUAACAUUAGGAGAGGAGCUCUUGGGGACCGAAGGGGCCAGGUACAUGAAGAUGGAUGACAUGAAAGACCAUGAUGACGAUUUCCUCUCUCCCAAGAAAUCACUGGAGUACGAGAGAGGGCUGGGCUCAGCGAAUUACUCCCCAGCCAUUCCCAGGAUCCCCCGGGUCUCUCCGGAGACCGUUAUCCUGAAAGAACACGAGAUGGAUCAGCAACACACUCCUCUUCCACUGCCCAAAGAAUACGACGAUGACUCCCUGAUUCCCAGCAGCCCAGCGACUGAGACGUCAGACAACGUCAGCCCAGUCGCUAGUCCCAUACACACAGGUUUCCUGGUCAGUUUUAUGGUAGAUGCUCGUGGCGGCUCGAUGCGAGGCAGCAGGCAUAACGGUCUGCGUGUGAUCAUCCCCCCGCGGACCUGUGCCGCACCGACCCGCAUCACCUGCCGCCUGGUGAAGCCGCAGAAGCUGACCAGCCCCCCUCCGCUGGUGGAGGGAGAGGGGCUGGCCAGCCGGAUCAUCUCCCUGGGGCCCGCCGGGAUGCAGUUCCUGGGACCUGUGAUAGUGGAGAUCCCUCACUUUGCUGCUCUGGGUCGGGGUGACCGGGAGCUCGUGGUGCUGAGGAGUGAGAAUGGCAAUGUCUGGAAAGAACAUCGUAAUCGCUACGGUGACGAGGUGCUAGAAACAAUCCUCAAUGGGAUGGAUGAGGAACUAGAAAGUCAGGAUGAGCUCGGGAAGAAGCGGAUCCGUCGCAUCAUCUCCACUGACUUCCCGCUCUACUUUGCUGUUGUGUCACGAGUCCAGCAAGAGAGCGACCUGAUUGGACCAGAGGGAGGUCAGCUGACAAGCAAACUGGUGCCAUUGGUGCAGGCCACGUUUCCUGAGACGGCCGUCACCAAACGAGUGCGCCUGGGUCUGCAGGCUCAGCCAGUUCCAGAUGAGCUGGUUGCUAAGCUGCUGGGUAACCAGGCAAACUUCAGCCCCGUGGUCACUGUGGAGCCUCGGCGACGCAAGUUUCACCGACCCAUAGGCCUGCGUAUCCCCCUGCCCCCGUCCUGGAGGGACAGCCCACGAGACGCUGGGGAGGGAGACACCACCAGUCUGCGUCUGCUCUGCUCAGUCAUAGGUGGCACAGCCCCAGCCCAAUGGGAAGACAUUACUGGCACCACCAAGCUCAAUUAUGCUAAAGACUGUGCCAGCUUCACAACAAACGUUUCAGCACGGUUCUGGCUCGCCGACUGUCCUCGGACUGCGGAGGCCAUCUCCUUCGCCAACCUGCUCUACAGGGAGCUGUCAGCCGUACCCUACAUGGCCAAGUUUGUGGUGUUUGCAAAGAUGAAUGAGCUGCGUGAGGGCCGCCUGCGCUGCUACUGCAUGACCGAUGAUAAGAUGGAUAAAACCCUGGAACAACAUGAGAACUUCACAGAAGUGGCUCGCAGCAGAGACAUAGAGGUGAUGGAGGGAAUGCCGCUUCACCUUGAGUGUUCAGGUAACCUGCUGCCGGUGAGGAAGGCCACCCAGCAGCCUCGUUGCUUCAGCUUCCAGGCUUUCAGAGAUAACCGACUUCCUGUCUCUGUUAAGCUGAGAGACAGCAGUAAAGAGCACAGUGGAUUCCUGUCUUUCCUGCGCAAGUCCACUAAGUAUGAGGACAGCCAACAUGUGCUCUGUAACCUCAACAUCAACAUGCCUCCAUGUAUCAAGAUUAUUGGGAGUGAAGACCGGAGGCGAACUCUGACCCCGCUGGCUUUGAGAGAAAGAUACAGCGCCUUAAAUGAACCUGCUAUGGCAUCUAUGAGCGCCAUGGAGAGGACGGAGCUGAAGAUGGCUGUCAUUGCAGAACAAUUGGGACUGAGCUGGGCUGAGUUGGCGCGAGAGCUUCAGCUCAGUGUGGAUGACAUCAAUAAGAUCCGUGUGGAGAAUCCCAACUCGCUGCUGGAGCAGAGCUCUGCGCUGCUCAACCUGUGGGCCACACGCGAGGGCAAGAGAGCCAAGAUGGAGAGCUUGUAUGCAGCUCUGAAGAGUAUUGACCGUAUGGACAUAGUCAACAUGUUGGAGGGCCAGCCACCGCAGCCUGUGAGACAAUCCCGGGACCUCAGCAGACGUCGACACGAUAUAGACAACCUCUCCCCUGGUAUGACCAAUGGUUAUGGGCUCGUGCAGGACGAGCUUCUCUCACCGGCCUCCAUGCAGUACAGCCUGCCCUCCCCGCUGGGCGCUGAGCCUUACUGGCAGGAAGUCUCCAGUCUGGACUGUGCACCUAUUGCCACCACAGAAGAAGACACCCUCAUGGAGAUGUCUGAUGUGCAGGUGUGGCCAACAGGCAACAGCCCGUCCCUGGUGCCUGUGGAGGAUUCCUCGCUGGAGUGCAGCAAUGCUGACGAUUCAGAGGGUCUCCUGGGGCUGCCGUACGGAAGUCUGGGUCGGCCGGCCAGUCAGGCCAGCGCAGCCAGCGGAGGGGUUGGGGUGCUGAGUGGAUCCAUUGAGCUGCCCGAAGACGAUUCAGAGAUGGGCGUUGAGUCGCUCAGCACUGCAACACCAGCCUCGCUUGUGGGCACCAUCGCCGGGAUCAAUCUUAACGGGCUGAACAAUUGUCAGAGGUCAGGGGCAAGUUCGGAGGUAUCAGCAGUCACAAGUACGGCUGGCGGAGAUGGAGCUGGAAGAAGAGGAGGAGGAGGAAGAGGAGGAGGAGGGACGGGCUCAGAGGAAGGGCUUUCUCUUGUUGCAGGACAGCAAAGGGUGUAUGCUCGGCUGAGUGAGUCACCUGGUCUGAGCUGUGUUGCAGACCGGAAUGGAGACAGGUCAGGUAAUGGUGGAAACGGAGGUGGUGGAGGCUCUUUCCUUUCCUACCUGCAGGAACAGUCAGGCCCGGGGUGGAUCCCUGUCACUGACCCUACACAGGCCUGGGUGGGCACGCAACCUAAACCCAGGCAGGCCAUGGAAGGCAUGAUAUCAUCAGUAUGUAACGCUGUGGAUGGAGACCCGUCCCACGCGUCCCAGGAGGCCUUACUUCAGCCGGUGAGGGACAUGGGGCACUCGGAGAUCUUACGAGGGCACUUCAGAGGUACCCAGCCAUUUGAGAAGGGUUUGGGCUUCCCGCACAGGGUACCAGAGCUGAGGGCCUGGGAUGACGUGCGACUGAAGGGCCAGGGCGAUGAGGUUGAAGAUCUUCCUGGGGAGCAUGUAAGCGAGGAACAGUUCACAGAUGAACAUGGAAACAUUGUCACAAAAAAGAUUGUGCGUAAGGUUGUGCGCAGAGGGAAGGGUUCAGUUGAGGAGGGGGUUCAGGAGGUGAGUCUGGAUGGUUCUCUGCAGGAAGACAACGAGCUGGAGCUUGAUGCAGAGCAGUUCAUGAGCUACGCCAUCCUGGGCCGGGACAGCAGCAAGCCCGAUUCUGUGGAUGUGAAGAAAGGUGCUCAGAUAGUGAAAUGUGCCAGUCUGCGGAGAGUUAAGCAAUGAGGCAGAGUGAGUGCUGCGUCCCUGCAGAGUUCUCCACAGGAUUCAACCCCUUCACCAAACCCAUCCUACAUGGACACAUGACCAGCAGCAGCUGACAGGAGGAAGAACACACAUUAAAAGGCAAACAGACAGAAAUGAACGGCAACGCCACAACCAUAGCGGCUUUGCCGACUAUCAGCACGCACUGGAAGAGAAGGAUACAGAAUUACUCGUAGUUUUUAUUACCUUUUUUUUUUUUAAAGAAACUGUGGGAAAAAAUACAUCUACUAUAGGCUAGAAGCAUGAUUUCGUAUACAAAACAAAAAACAAAAAAAAACUAGCAACCAAAAUGUGCUUCCUGUUAUCUGUAUCAGCAUGAGUGACUGCUGCUGCAUGGCCUGUCUUUAACUACAAAUACUGAGGGAAUAUAGGGGUGGGGAGGGAUGGGGAGGACACACUGCUGUAUGGGAUAGGCAUGCAAUGUUGGGUAUGGUCAAUAACUGGCACGUUUUUAAACCAACGGGUGAAAACUUCAUCAGUCAAAUUUAAGAAAAGGGGAGACUAAAAUACUGAGAAAUACAAAAUCUCUAGGCAACAGGUUACUCCCCCUCCUCUCUGCCACACUCUUCCAGCUAAGAGCCCCCAAACUAGUUUCAAACCUGUCCCAGUGCUCUCAAAGUCCAGUAAAGCUACAAUUAUCACCCAAGGAUAUCAGUGUUGUACAUAAUAUCGUAUGCACUAAAAUGCUCUACUUGACUGUGUGUUACGUGUGUUGUUUAUGUUUUAAGAUCCUUAUGCGAUGCCACUGAUGCUGCUGUUUCAGGUACAUAAGAAAUUAUUCCCCGUUUUUCUUGUUUGGUUUGUUCCAUCGGUCUGAACCUAUAUAUUAUUCUAUAUAUCCUGAGAUCUUUGUGGGUACAAGAACAAGCAAAUGUCGUGUCGCUAUGCCUGUUUUUAAACGUUGCAUUUUUGUGUGUCAGGUUGUUUGUUUCUUUGUGCUUUUCAUGUGCUUCAACCCUUUGCUUUUGACAUGUCAAACUGUAGAGGGAAGACAUACUGUAGGUCAGUUAACUGUACUGUGGGGUUUUCGAGCUUUGGGAGGCUGGUUUCUGCAGUAAACCUGCCUCCCUAAUCUUCCCUCAGAGUGGGUUGCCUUGUGGAGAAGGUGAAAAAGAGAUUUAUGAUGAGGGACAGAUUAACCUACUCUACUAUCCCACUCCUCCGCCUUUUCUUGUCCCCAGUGUGCCGUAAAUGUGAGGUUUCUGUUAAUCAGGUGUCUAUCUGAACCAAAACCACAAUACCCUUACCCUAAAUCUUGCCCUUAAAGCCCUACCUCUCCCCCCUCCAGUCAGCCUCUCACAGUAGAUGUAGCAGUCCUGUCCUCCUCCAGCAGGGGGCAGGAUCUCACAUUCAGCUCGUAGCAGUGUGUGUUUGACCUCAUCAUGCAGUAUUUGACACCACCACACAUAAGGUGCACUUAUAGACCAUCUCACCCCCACCAGUAGAUGUCCCUUGAUGAGAGUAAAGUCACUGAAAUGCUGGUAAUAAUGUAGCACUGGUUUGACUGGGAAACAGAGUUAGCUGGAGAAAGGAAAGUGUUGGAUCGAGGGUCGAGGACGUUUCAUGUUUGUCUCCUUGGCAAUGUUUGGAAAGUAGCAAAGACAGUCAGUCGCCAAUCACUGUGAUGAGAAACUGUAAUACUGACCCGCAACUGUGAGCCUGGCCCCUCCCAAAGCGUGUCUCUCGUUUCACUCCUUUCUUUGGUGUUAUGUCUUUUUUUGUCAUGAUUUACUGUCUUAACUGUACAUCAGAAGAAGCAAUAACUGCUUAUAAAAGGAAAGGAUUGUUUGUGUGCAUGUGUUUGAGUGACAGAGAGGAUUUUACGAUCGCAGAUCAUGUUCUUCCAAAGCUCAGGCUUACAAUCACAGCUUUAUGCUACUCCUCACUUCAUGCAGAAUGAUGUCAGUACAUUAGUAUUCUACAUUUCAUCACUUUGCAACAUUAUAAUAAACUGACUAACACUGGGCAAAUAUUGGUAUGACCUCAUACCAGCUGACCCAUCUGCAAAGUGCCCAGUGUCGGUUUUUUCACUAUGAAAUGUAGGUAUGUUUAGUACUAGCUUUCAAAUCUUAUUUACAUUCAUAUGCACCUUGAAAGAAAUCCUAUUGAAUGUGUGUUUGUGUGUGUGAGUGUGUGCUGUGUGUGUGAUUUUAAUAUCACAUAUUCAGUCCUUGAUAUUGGGACAUUUCUAAAGUUGUGAUAAUAUUACAGGAAGUAAUAUUACAAAUGGACAAAGAGCAAAAGCUCUGAGAUUAUAACUCUAAUUCACAUAUAUUUUUUAAAGUUGAUUUACCUCAAUACGCGUGCCAUCUCACAUGAUAUCUGUUAUCUACAUGCAUUUAUUUCAAACAUUAUGUUAGACAUUGAAUGCUUUCUUGUGGAAAAAAUGUCCGUCACAAAAAUGUUGCAAUAACCACCAAUCAAAAUGUGUUUGUUUUAGUACGGCUUCACAGCCAGAGAUGAUUAAUGUAAAUUCAUGGUAUAUUAUAAGUCUUGUUAUAAAGUAGUCAUCUUUGUGGCUGUGUACACUAGUAGAGGAUAGGGUAUUAACUCUGUUGUUUCAACUCAUUAACUGCUGUUGAUCAUCAUUAUUCAUUGCAAACAUUCAUAGAAACCAUGAAAUAGAAGAGAUUUAUAGAGAGAAACCUAAAAUAGGUUUUGGAUGUUUUUACAAAUAACCCUGCAUCAGAUUUUAUUUUUAUUUUAUUGUGUUUUUAAAAAAGUUUAGAUGUCAAAAGAGAUUACACAGUAGUGUAAUUGUAUAACCCCUUAUGCACGGUUUGCUCUUCAAGGGCUUAUAAUUAAGGUAUGAUUGGGUUGCUUUCUGAAGCAGGAGCCAUUUAUGGAGCUGCUGCUGAUGUCAGGGUUGAGCUCGGGGAGGGGGUCGGAUGAAAACACACUAAAAUGGAGCACUUUGAAGUUCGAUGGAACUAUUGCGGGAAGGCUUUUAGUGCCUCCGACGGUUAGUCUUUCAAGAUGACAAGCAUUUUUCCUCAACACAACCUAACCCUAUCUAUUUCUGCCCCUUUUACCAAAUAUAAGACUGAGCCGAUUAUAAGGCUUACACAUGAUGACAGUGAACACAGUUUGAAAGGAGGAGUCCAACUAAGUGCAACAGAGGAAGAGUGGUUGCAUCACAAAAAUGAACAAUGGAGAGCCCUGCACUGAGGGACAAAGGAGAUGAUGCCAUGCACCAAGUUCAUGCAAAAAUAUUAACUGUUGCAAAAACUAGAGAACACAUGUAUAUUCCUUUAGAAUGGAUUGAAGACAUUAUUAACGCAAUAGCAUAUUACUCAAUACUAAGGAAUGCAACUGCGCACAUGCACAGAAAAUGUUUUUAAAAUAAAAAGGCUAUAUAUAUAAAAUAUAUGAAAAUAUAUAUAUAUAUAUAUAUAUAUAUAUAUAUAUUUACUUACUUAGAAUGCUAUGCACCCUUACUUGUCAACUGGGAUUCUAAUUAUGUUAUGGAUGUACUUUUAUCAUCAUACAGCUGUAGCUACCAAGAGACUGUUGAGUUCUGGGUAAUGCCUGCAACCUGGGGAUAAAACAGGGGUCUUGUGGGUAUUUUAAACUUUUGUUUUGCUUUUUUUUAUUGUUAUGGAGAGUCAAACAUGAAUUUAAAAUAUACAUGUAAAAGCCUUUUAAUCCAAUGAAAUCCGAGGACAUCUAUUGACAAUUAACUCUGUACACCAGCUCAACAUUUACAAAAAUUAAUAAAGAAAUGAAAUGUC